AUGACUUCCGAGCUUUCGCAGAGCUCUGUGGGUGAAGUUAAAGAACCAGGCAAGAGUACAGAAGGACCCGAACGGAACGCCGAAAAGGGCGAGCCUCGACGCAUGCCGCGCAACGUGCAGGCCUUCUACCUGCAGCCUCUACGCCGCGUAGCCCAGUAUGGUGUUCCGUCUUGCGACCUGCAGCUGCGUUCGUACAGCGUACGGCCGCUGGAGUCCUUCUGCGACUUUGCGCUGCGUGCUGCGUACUACCUCGGUCUUCCGGCGUACGGCCCCAUCCCUCUGCCUAAGAUAACGGAGCGCUGGACGGUGCCUAAAUCCAACUUCAUCCACAAGAAGUCGCAGGAAAACUUUGAGCGUAUCACGCGGCGAAGGCUUAUCCAGAUCAAGGAUGGACAUCCCGAGACGGUGCAGAUCUGGCUGGCUUUCUUGCAAAAGCAUCAGCAGGCGGCAGUGGGUCUGAAAGCUAACCUCUGGGAGUUCAGCAGCGUUGACGUGGCCAAGCAGCUGGAUGAAACCUUCAAGGAGGCAGAACCACUCAUCAACAAUAAGGCGCGCUUCCUGGGACAGAACAAGGAGUUUGCGACGAUGGAGAAGGUGGAUGAGUUCCUCCAGAGCGAGAAGUAUAGGCUGGUCGGAGGCCAGUUUUCGCAUAAAGAGGAGCGGAUUGGAUCAUAG